CCAGACUUACAUCGCAGUAUUUAAACUCCUCGUCCCUUCUCACAAACAACGUCCAGACAUAAUAUUUCCUUGCACAGUAAACCAAAAUCAUUCAAGAUGACUCUCCCAACCACAAAGAACCAAAUUGUGCUCAUUAGCGGAGUCAAUGGCUACAUUGCUUCAGUAACUGCGAAAGCUUUCCUGGAAGCUGGCUAUUCUGUUCGAGGCACCUCACGAUCCAAAAGCUCAAGUGAAGGACUUCUUAAAGCUUUACCCCAGUACGCAGAAGCCGGAAGACUCCAGAUUGUUGAAGUGAAAGACAUCACCAUUGAUGGAGCAUUCGACGAGGCUGUCAAAGGUGUUCAUGCGAUUGCUCACAUGGCCUCACCCGUCUCCUUCCACUUCACAGACCCCGACCCAAUCAUCAAAGCCGCCCUUCACGGCACAAAUUCAAUCCUUGCUUCGGCUCUCAAACACGGCUCUCCCACCCUUCAACAUGUAGUGAUAACUUCCUCUAUCGCAGCCAUAAUAUCAACCAAAGAACCACCCUACGUCUACACAGAAAAAGACUGGAACGACGAAUCCGAAGCCGAGAUAGCCCGUCUCGGUAAACAGACUCCGGGCUCGCACAUCUAUCGCGGCAGCAAAGCCGUAGCUGAGAAAGCAUUUUGGAAGUUCAGAGACGAAAAUCAACCGGGGUUUACGAUGACGUCUAUUAAUCCUGCGUUUGUCUACGGACCGCCAGCUGUGUUGCCGGAGGGACCGGAGAAGAUUGCCGAGACGGUGAAGCCCGUCUAUGAUAUUCUUGCUGGGAAACCCCUUCCUCCCCCUAUGGGUGGUUCAGGGGCUUUCGUUGAUGUAAGAGAUGUGGCUGCUUUGAUGGUAUUGGCGGUAGAGAAGGGGAAGGAGAUGAACGGUGAAAGAUAUAUAGCUGCGGCAGGGAUUGGAGGUAUGCAGCAGAUUGCGGAUAUCUUGAAUGAAGGCUAUCCACAGAGGAAAGGAAAGAUUGCGGUCGGAGAACCAGGAAAGGGGUAUGAGCCUGGAUUUGGUUUUCCUAAAGAAGGGAGUCGAAUUGACAGUGCGAAAGGUAAAGGAAUUCUGGGGAGGGAGUGGAUUGGGUAUAAGGAAUGCGUUUUGGAUGCUGCGAAAGAGUUCGAGAGGUAUCUUUGAGCGUGGAGGAGUUGUUAGGGAGAGUUCAGUCAAGCUCUUACGUUGCAAUAUAGAAGGAUUAGGUAGAAAAUGAUAGAGAAAUCGUAUGCUUAUGAGUAAUCUAAGCCGCGUUCGCCAUCAUACCAUGCUAU